AUGUUUGCGUACAUUUUUGUUUGUCUCUUUCUGGGAGGUUAUGGGGCCGUGCUUCACGCGCCAAUUGUCCCACCACCUCUACACCAGGGCGAAGUCUCAUAUGAGCUGCCAUGGCCAUUCAUCAUACCAGGAAGCAGGAUAGUGGGUGGAAUAGCAGCUCCUGAAGGUAGAGUCCCGUACCAGGCGUCCUUGAGGAGUAUACUCAACGCUCAUUUCUGUGGCGGAUCUAUUCUGAAUAAGAGGUGGAUUUUGACUGCUGCUCAUUGCACUGUUGGCCAAUCAAAAUACUCGAUGUUAGUCGUAGUAGGUACGACAAACCGGCUCAUUGGAGGAGACUCCUACUCCGUAGACAGCAUCCUCAUACAUGAGAAGUAUGACAGUUCUGAGAUUAAGAAUGACGUCAGCAUCAUCAAGGUUAGCCGGGACAUCAAGUUUAGUGACGUCGUACAACCUAUUGAGCUUCCAGUUGAAGAUACAGGCGCUGGAGUAGACCUGUUCCUUAGUGGUUGGGGGAGACUUUCUUACCCUGGUUCACUGCCCGUUCAGCUGCAGAUGAUCAACCUGACUUCCCUGAGCGUGGAACAAUGCCAGGGUGUUUACCAGAACAUCAACCCAGUCUUCAGCUCACAGAUCUGUUCGCUCACCAAAUCCGGAGAAGGAGCCUGUCAUGGUGACUCCGGCGGGCCUUUGGUAGCUGACGGCAAGGUGGUUGGAAUAGUAUCGUGGGGCAUGCCCUGUGCCCGCGGCUACCCAGACGUGUACACCAGGGUGUAUUCAUUCCUGGACUGGAUACAAUCCAAGAUUAACUUGGAAUAA